GUCCAUGGGACUCAUGGCUCUUGUGACCUGUCCCUCAAAGGGAGGAGUGGAUGCGGGCCAUUCAGAUGGUCGCCAACAGCCUCAAGCAGCGGGGCCCAGGUGAGGACCCCAUGGACUAUAAAUGUGGCUCCCCCAGCGACCCUUCUGCGGCUGAGGAGAUGGAAGUGGCAGUUAGCAAGGCUCGGGCCAAGGUGACCAUGAAUGACUUCGACUAUCUUAAACUCCUGGGCAAGGGCACCUUUGGCAAAGUGAUUCUGGUGCGGGAGAAGGCCAGCGGCCGCUACUAUGCCAUGAAGAUCCUGCGGAAGGAAGUAAUCAUCGCCAAGGAUGAAGUUGCCCACACGGUCACCGAGAGCCGGGUCCUCCAGAACACCAGGCACCCGUUCCUCACCGCACUGAAGUACGCCUUCCAGACCCACGACCGCCUGUGCUUCGUGAUGGAGUAUGCCAACGGGGGUGAGCUGUUUUUCCACCUGUCCCGGGAGCGUGUCUUCACAGAGGAGCGGGCUCGCUUCUACGGCGCAGAGAUCGUCUCUGCCCUCGAGUAUUUGCACUCGCGGGACGUGGUGUACCGUGACAUCAAGCUGGAGAACCUCAUGCUGGACAAAGAUGGCCACAUCAAGAUCACUGACUUCGGCCUCUGCAAAGAGGGCAUUAGUGACGGGGCCACCAUGAAAACCUUCUGUGGGACGCCUGAGUACCUCGCCCCCGAGGUGCUGGAGGACAACGACUACGGCCGCGCGGUGGACUGGUGGGGGCUGGGCGUGGUCAUGUACGAGAUGAUGUGCGGCCGCCUGCCUUUCUACAACCAGGACCACGAGCGCCUCUUCGAGCUCAUCCUCAUGGAGGAGAUCCGCUUCCCGCGCACGCUCAGCCCCGAGGCCAAGUCCCUGCUUGCUGGGCUGCUUAAGAAGGACCCCAAGCAGAGGCUCGGCGGGGGGCCCAGCGAUGCCAGGGAGGUCAUGGAACACAGGUUCUUCCUCAGCGUCAGCUGGCAGGACGUGGUACAGAAGAAGCUUCUGCCACCCUUCAAACCUCAGGUCACCUCUGAGGUUGACACAAGGUACUUUGAUGAUGAGUUUACCGCCCAGUCCAUCACAAUCACGCCCCCGGACCGCUUUUUUUCUUCAGCCCUCUGCCAAACUCACCUCAGCGGUCCCAGCAGCCCUGCCUCCAGGAUCCUGUCCUGUCCUCACCUUUGUGCCCAGACCUGGAUUUGGGAGACUCUCCACUGCCCGCCCCAGGACCAGGCCUUCGGGCGGUUGGAGAGGUUCCGGUUUUUAAUCAACAUAAGCCCCAGCGAGGGGCGGCGGCGCGUGGAGCUGCAGGCCCCACCCGGGUCUCUGGCUGGGCGCCUGCCCCUGCGCCACUGCCUUCUCGUGGGACACCUCGUGGGACACGACGCCCGGCGGACAGUGCCCUGGUGCUCGGGCUCAGGGCGGCCUGGCGUGGGCGGUCCGGCCCGGCCCCUCCCCCACAGGGGCAGAAAAGCAAUAAUGUCCAGGGACAGGCAGGGGGCCUUUGGAAGCCGCAGGGGUGGGGGUUCGGGGAUCCCUCGUGUAGAUGGGGCGUGAUCUGCCCCGUGGGGCAUGAGGGGGGCCCAGGUGAUGGGCACUGCCUCCUUGCCCUGCCUUCCUCAGCAACCCCCAGCUGCUCUCCUGACCCUGCGGAUGAGGCAGGAGGAACAUUUGGGGAUGGGCCUCCCUGCUGCCCCAUCCUGUGCCUUACCAGGGCUUGCUUCCGGUCGGCCUUCACUCCUGCUGGGCCCGGGGCUGGCCCCAGCCCUUGCCAAGGAUGGGGGCGGGGGGCCGCCAGCUCUGCUGUUACACAUCUCGCACCGAGACAGUGUUGGGCCCCGUGGACUGGGGUCGAAGAGGGGAUGGGAGUGGGGGGGGGCGGCCUCUGAGCAGGGGAGGCCCCAGGGCCCUCUCCUCCCUCCCCCCUCCCUGGGCCCCACGUUUUGCAGCCUUAAGGUGAACGUGUGUCAGUGCUGUGGGCACGUGUGUGUGGCCUCAGGCUGUUGUGUUUGUGGAUGGCCCCUUGCCUCUGGGAUGAGGAUGCACACGGGGUGGGGUGUGUGUGCCUGCGUGUUGGGUGUGUGUGUGUGAGGGCAAGCGUGUCCCGGCCUUGAAUGCGUGGUGUGUGUGGGCUUGGGCCCUGUCCCCGGCCUGAGCAUUUCAUCCCGUAGGGGAGGGGUGCUGGCCUGGUGGGGGAGCCACACCUGGGGUCCAUUUGCUGCCCAGCCCCCCUCCCCCCCCCCUUGCCCCCAGCAUCUCCGGGUGUGUGGAAUUUAGUUGUGGCUUUGAUCUCCCUGCCCCACCUCCUGUACUAGGUAGUUCAGAGAGAGACAUCCUAGGGUGGGGUGCAGGGUUGGUUUGGGUGGGUGGGGGGUCUUUUCCUUUCUGUGUGUGUAUGUCAUUUAUUUGACAAUUCUCUAUCCUCCCUACUGGACUUCCCCAUUCCUCCCAUUUGUACGGUACAAGCAAUAAAGACACUCGUUUCAGACGGGGGCCCGCUGCCCUGGGCCAUUCCUUGCCUCCGGAGCCUGGCCCUGCUGACCCGCGCCCGGGACGUGUCCGCUGUGGCAGGACUUGGGCACCUGGAGCCGCGCUCGCCCUCUGGCCGUUGGGGUGGGCGCCCCUGUGGGUGGAAGCUGCUGAGGGGUUUGGGAAGCUUCCUGGGGUGUGCGGAUACGGCGGGCAGAGACCAUGCCAGGUCUUCGGAAGCUGCCCAGGUGAAAAGUGGGGGGAGGACAAAGGUGGGGUAGUCGGGUGGGUGGCUCUGAACAAGGAGGGCGUGCGAGGCGUCACUGAGCCCUGGAAGUGAGCGCGAGGGAGUGGGUUCACUGCGUGGGGCCCUUGGGCCCUAGAGCUGGGCAUUGCCUGCAUGUUGUCUUCUCCCUACUUAGGCUAAACCAGGGAGCCUUGAGGCCCCCAAAUUCCAACACAGCCCUUGGUGUAUGAAUGGGAAUCGUGGUGGCUGUCAGCUGGGGGCAGCUCUGGUUACAGCCCUCACAGCUCUGGGAUCCUCUGAUGGCCGCCCCCUUUAGCCUGGGGUUCCUGUGCUUGACUCACUCUGCCCACACCUGGGGACCAGGGUGGCCCCCGCACAGGUGAAUUGAAUGUCAGACUUUGCCAGAAGGCGGUAGGGCUUCUUCACAUGCAUGGAGUUUCAGAGAUCUUGAGUGAGGGUAGCAGAAAAGUCAGAUUCGGUGCAUAGGAAUCUUCAUUUGCUGCAGCUAAGACCCAAGGAAUGCGUGGCUUUUUCUCACUUCACGUGGACUUUAUUUAAUUACAAAAGUAUGUCCUGGCGGUCAUAAGACAAGCAGCAGAGAAGCUUCUAGAGAAAAGCUGCCUAGUUUUCCCUCCCGUUGAGGCCCCUGAGGAGGCCGGGGCCAGUUCGUUUUCGCGUCAACCCCCCUUGCUCUCCGGCGGGGGCUAUCCUGAGCCUACCUCAGUCCGCUGGGUCACCUCGCGGCCCCCGGGUCCCCGGUGCGGGGCCCACAGGCUGAUGAACCGCUUCCCUCGGGCAAACAGAGCUCCCUCGCUAUAGUGGUGCUUCCUUCUGUAGAAGUUUUCCCAAAGGGUCUUUCAACUGGGGAGCAUUUUAAUAAAAUUUUACCAAUUGGAAA